AUGAGCGGUCCAUUAGAGGAAGUAUGUGAAUAUCUUUCGGGCACUAGUGCCAUUAAGAUACUUGUUAUUAAAAGCCCUCUUCCAGCUACACCCCUGGAGUUGCGUACGGUUUUCAUAUCUUCAAAAGAAUUGGCAGUUGAGUUCAAAAAAGACGUUGAUGUUUUUGGCUAUCUGAUCAAGACGACUGCCGACGCGUUGACUACAAGUUACUAUGUGUAUAGAAGCGUAUCCAUAUCCAGGCUGAUUCUUGUUGAUUUGGAGCCUUGUAAGGUGUAUUCUCUAGAAGUGUAUGCUGUGGGGCUCUCAGGCCUGUCGCAUACUUCAGCAGAUUUGCUUGAAUUAACAGGUUGGUCAAUUUAA